UGGAUGCUCAAAGACUCCUCAUUUCACCGGUCUCCAAACGUCCGGUUCUCCGCGCAUCAUGCUAACCUUGGGGUCUUCCCCCACGGUGUCCAUCCGCACAUGGCCGGCCCACGGUGUCCCACGCGCUCCACACGCUCCACGCCACCGCGGAAGCGCCGUUGGGUCCAUCGCCGUCGGGUCCAUCGGCGCCGUCGGGGCCGUGGUGACGCGGAGGCGUCGCUGGGGCGCUCGCGCGAGCGACCGUGCUCCACGUCGCGCGGUGCUUUUGGCAGAGCUUCUGGGGGAGAUCCACUGGGACGAGCUCGCGGUGGAGGACCAGCUCACGGUGGUGGUGGCGGAUUUGUCGGAUGUGGAGCGAUGUAUGGAGAUUGUGGUGCCUGUCUUUGAGGUGAAGACUGAGGAGUUGGAGAGUGUGAGGAGAGGCCUCGCAGGGCGCUUGGGUGCCCGCCGGAGCCUGGUGGGACCCGAUGCCGCAGCGCCACGACCGAAGCUCAGUCGGCCAGCACCACACGGAUCCACCGAAGGUCCAGAGUUGGGUUUGGUCCUCGCGCUGGAGCAUCCGGAGCACGGCUUUGUCGCGUUGGUCGACUUGUCUCUUUGGCCAGCUGACGGCCGCGUGCGCGCGCCCGGCGCCAAGUCGAAGCCAGGCGUCGCGUCGAAGCCUUAUGUGUUGAAUCUUUGUGUGACUCCAUCCUUUCGACGUCAAGGGCUAGCACGGCAGCUCAUGGCAGUGCUGGAGCGUUUGCUGCGGGAUGUUUGGGGAGACAAGGAGGUCUACUUGCAUGUGGAAGACAAGCAAGUCGCGGCCAAUGCUUUGUAUGAGGCCAUUGGGUAUGUCCCCAUGAAAUACACCUAUGACAAAGACUUUCCAUAUACCAAGGCUGAAGCCAGCAUCCUUCGGAAUGUGACCUGGAGGAGGAAGUUCUUGCCGGUAGCUUCGGAGGGCAGCCCUGCACGGUCUGGCACAAUACUGCCUGAGGCCAAAGAAGAGGACCCUGGCCCUAGCUUCGAGGAAGAGGAUGAAGAGUGUGGAGACGGUGAAGAGGACAUCGAAGAUGAUGGCGAGGAGGAGGACGAGGAGGACGAGGAGGAGGUUCCGCAGAAAGCCGAAGAUGAAGACUUUGAUUGGGUAACGAGUCUGAUGAAGUGAGACGGUGUUGAUGGAACCGACAGCCAAAGGCAGCCCGAUGCUGGCAGCUUGCUCCCUUCACAGAUCUUGGCAGCUACUCACCCUUUCCGAUGAAAGCACUCAUUGGGCUCUUGGAGUUGGGGAAGCAUGCACCAAGAAAACGGCAAAGGCAUGAA